CGGCGCUCGGCGGGCGAGUGGGCUCAGAGCGCGUAGCGAGGGUCUAAGUGCCAGCGCCCAGACCGCGUUGGGUCCGUGGCUUUCAUUUUCCUGCUGAAUUCCUGCUUUGCAGACUGAGCAAUGGCAGCCCGAGUACUUGUAAUUGGCAAUGGAGGAAGGGAACAUACUCUGGCCUGGAAACUUGCACAGUCUAAUCAUGUCAAACAAGUGUUAGUUACCCCAGGAAAUGCAGGCACUGCCUGCUCGGAAAAGAUUUCAAACACUGACAUCUCAAUCAGUGAUCACACUGCCCUUGCACAGUUCUGCAAAGAUGAGAAAAUUGAAUUUGUAGUUGUUGGACCAGAGGCACCUCUGGCUGCUGGAAUUGUUGGGAGCCUGACGUCUGCAGGAGUGCGGUGCUUUGGCCCCACAGGAGAAGCAGCUCAGUUAGAGUCCAGCAAGAGAUUUGCCAAAGAGUUUAUGGACCGACAUGGAAUCCCAACUGCACAGUGGAGAGCUUUCACCAAAGCUGAAGAAGCCUGCUGCUUCAUUAUGAGUGCAGACUUCCCCGCUUUGGUUGUGAAGGCCAGUGGUCUUGCAGCUGGGAAAGGGGUAGUUGUCGCAAAGAGCAAAGAAGAGGCCUGCAAAGCUGUACGGGAGAUUAUGCAGGUUAAAGCUUUUGGAGAAGCUGGAGAAACAACUGUCAUUGAAGAACUUCUUGAAGGAGAAGAGGUGUCUUGUCUGUGCUUCACUGAUGGAAAGACUGUGGCCCCCAUGCCCCCAGCACAGGACCAUAAGCGAUUGCUGGAGGGAGAUCAGGGGCCCAACACAGGGGGAAUGGGAGCCUAUUGUCCAGCACCUCAGGUUUCCAAGGAUUUGUUGCUAAAAAUUAAAAAUACUGUUCUUCAGAGGACAGUGGAUGGCAUGCAGCAGGAGGGUGUGCCAUAUGCAGGUAUCCUCUAUGCUGGUAUAAUGCUGACCAAGGAUGGCCCAAAAGUUCUGGAGUUUAAUUGCCGUUUUGGUGAUCCAGAGUGCCAAGUGAUCCUCCCACUUCUUAAAAGUGACCUUUAUGAAGUGAUUCAGUCUACCUUAGACGGCCUGCUCUGCACAUCUCUGCCUGUUUGGCUUGACAACCGCACUGCCGUAACUGUGGUCAUGGCAAGUAAAGGUUAUCCAGGAGACUACACCAAGGGUAUAGAGAUAACAGGGUUUCCUGAGGCUCAAGCUUUAGGACUAGAGGUGUUCCAAGCAGGCACUGCCCUAAAAGAUGGCAAAGUGGUGACUAACGGGGGUAGGGUCCUUGCAGUAACGGCCAUCCGGGAAAAUCUCAUCUCAGCCCUUGAAGGAGCCAAGAAAGGACUAGCUGCUAUAAAGUUUGAGGGAGCCAUUUAUAGGAAGGACAUUGGCUAUCGUGCCAUAGCUUUCCUCCAGCAGCCCAGGGGCCUGACUUACAAGGAAUCUGGGGUAGACAUUGCAGCUGGAAAUAUGCUGGUCAAGAAGAUUAAGCCUUUAGCAAAAGCCACCUCCAGACCAGGCUGUGAUGUUGAUCUUGGAGGUUUUGCUGGUCUUUUUGAUUUGAAAGCAGCCGGUUUCAAUGAUCCUCUUCUGGCCUGUGGAACAGAUGGCGUUGGAACUAAACUGAAGAUUGCCCAGCAGUGCCAUAAACAUGAAACCAUUGGUCAAGAUUUGGUUGCGAUGUGUGUAAAUGAUAUUCUGGCACAAGGAGCAGAGCCCCUCUUUUUCCUGGAUUACUUUUCCUGUGGAAAACUUGACCCCAGUACGACUGAAGCUGUUGUUGCUGGAAUCGCUAAAGCUUGUAAAAAAGCCGGAUGUGCUCUCCUCGGUAUGAUCAUCCAUUUUAAUCACACAUCCUUCUUAUGUAUUUCAGCCCUAUGUACAAACAUGAUCGGUUACCAGUAUACCUAACGAGACAAACUCUGUGUCACAAGACGAGGCAAGUAAAAUAUAGAUGAUGCCACCUAAGGAAAACUUAGACCUUUGUGGCCUCAGGCCCUCCCCUCAGGGGCUGGUCCCCAGACUGAGACUUAUACUCCCCCACCGUCACCCAAGCCUUCUCUUUCUCUCUGAUCAUUAGCCACCAUUUCACUCCCAUCUCUCUCAGUGGCCUCCUGGACAGACAGGGUAGGGGGUUGUUUCCUCCUUAUGGCCCUGCAGCAGAGGCAGACCGGUUCUU